AUGGGAAAGCUCAUUGCAGCCGAGUUGCUAUGUCAAGAGUCAGGAUUGGAGCUACCCAAGGAUGAUAUCAAAAAUCUGGAUGCACGCAUGAAUAUACGCUGUGCAAUCAUUGAAGGAAGAUUGGAAGACGCAUUGAGAUUGGUGAAAGAACUCUGUCCUACCCUUUUGGACGAGAAUCGAGAGGUUCGCUUCCAUUUGAUGCAGCAAAAUAUCAUAGAGAUGAUUAGGAGAGGAGAAAUGGAAAAGUCGCUGGAUUACGCUCAAGAAAAUCUAUCAAACGACCCAACAUUAACCGACUCACAGCUGGACAGGUUGGAGAAGACGUUUGCGCUGUUGGCGUUCGAGAAACCUGCCGAAAGUCCUUUUGGGAAACUGCUGGAUCAGUCGCAAAGACAAAUGGUAUGA